AGAAAAAAUAUAAAAUAUUCGUGGAUUACGAUUUACGAAAUGAGAGACAUGUGUGUGAUAAGAGUUAUAAUACUAAAGACUAACUUUUUUGAGAAUUAAUUUGAAUAAGUAAAUGUAAUAAAUUAUUCUUGCUAUUAUUGAGUGUACAAACAAAAUGCUAAAAGACGUUCUGGAUUGAGCCUACGUCGACAUUGUUCAAUUCGAGAAGUUCCAGGAAAGCGAAAGGACUAAUCGAAAUCAUGACUUACAUAAAUGAGAAAUCUACUGGGAUGAGGAAGACUCGACGGCGUUGUAAUUAAUCGUGCAGGCGUAAAUGAGAGACGAUCGUUGCGGGACGCGGAGGUGAUCCAUAGAUCGUGUCGGGCGCGAUCAGUUGCGGUAGCGCGGGCGAGGUGGGGGAGGGUGGCAAGAUGGAAAUCUUCCUGAUCCUCGUUUGCCUGAUCGCGCCACCCGUCCUCUCGCUCUCCAUUAAGAGCAAGCUCAACCCACGGAUCGUCCAGACGCGCUACGGCGAGGUGCAGGGCAUCACGAGGUCCUUCGAGUAUGCCAAAUUCCUCAAGCCGAUUGACGUAUACCUCGGAAUACCCUACGCCACAUCGCCAGUCGGUACUAACCGCUUUUCCCCAACGCGAGCACCGAGUCCUUGGGAAGGAGUCAGAUUAUCGGACUCGGUGGGUCCAGUCUGCCCCCAAAAGCUGCCGGACAUCGCAAACGAACAGGAAGCGCUUGAGCGAAUGCCUAAGGGUAGACUAGAGUAUCUGAAGAGACUGUUGCCUCAUCUGCGUAACCAGAGCGAGGACUGCCUCUAUCUGAACAUCUACGCACCUGCAAUGGGUGAGUGA